GCAAUAUUUGGCUACGACAAACCUAUUGAUUAUUUUAUUUUCUAUUAUAAAUACACCAAUAUACAAUGCGAUAAGAUACCACAAAAGUCAUUAUAAGCUGAUUGAUUGAUAAGACUGGGGAAAAGUUUUUGCACACAACAAUGUUAAUUGCCCCAACACUUGUAUACUAAUUGACUGCAACAAUCGAAAGCUAAAUAUACAUACAAAUGUAAAUGGAAUUCUUGUAUGCAAAUCAAAUAUGUAUAUAACCAUAAAUACUAUUAGCACUGCAUCAUAUGUAAAGUAGCAAAUAUACAUAUGUAUUUGACAAGAUAAUACACAUACAAUUAUCGAUAAGAUAGAACGCUUAGCUCAGAUCGCGACAGUCACUCGUUGGACGUUAAACUGUUUGCACCUACAUAUGCCACUGAUAUUUGUAUUUGAUCAAGCGAAAUGUGCAAGGUAUUCAUUUAUAUUGCUUACAUAGCUCUAUGCAGUGGUUAUAUAUUUGGAUUAAACGCCCAGGAAGAUGACAGUUUAAACUUCAAAAACUGCACCGUUCUCAUGGAGUGCCCGGAUAACGCCAUUUGCACAAGAGUAAACGCCCAUUUGCAAUGUGUCUGCUGGCAAGGAUAUCAUCAGAAUCCCGAAUGGCGACCAGGUGGCUUCGAUACCACAGAAGCGGACUAUUGUGCGAAGGGAGCGGCGAAUAAAACAGUUGUUUACAAUCGCCCGCCUGCAAGGAAGGCAGAUCUAGCUGUUGCUAUUGUCUUAGUAUUAUUUGGUGUCAUUGUAGUCACCGUGAUAGUUUACUGCCUGGUUGUUAUGCGACCUAUAAAACGCACCCAGGCGGUUUAUCAUCGUAUUCAAGUGCGGCGCAAAAACCACCGACGACUGGAAGAAUUUGACGAUAUUGACAUGACUUUUCGCAAUGGUAUCGCUGAUCUAUCAUAAUGGCCAAAUACUUAAGAAGAGCUCCAAGACUGUAAACUACCAAAAAUAUAUUAUUUACGUACAAAGAUUUA